ACAACGCCCCGCGCUCGCACGACGCUGCGUGCAGGGAAGCGCGGGGAGUCCCGGGCCGUCACCGGCGCGACUACCGUCCCGCCUCCUCCGUUGUCGGCGCUCCCGCCACCUCGGCAGUUCCGCGCCCGCCUCCGACAGAGCCCUCCGCCGCAGCGAGGCUGCCGGCCUUGCUCCUGUCUCUUUAAAUGGUGGGGCCGCCCGGUCGCCCCUGCAAUUGCUGCCUGGGUAGCCCCGCGCGCCCCUUUUGAGGGGUGAGCCAAGAUGGCGGCCGCUUUAGCUCAGUGAGGAAGACGGAAGAGGCGGCGGCAGCUGAGAGAAAGCGACUUCCAGCAACCUGGCCCUCUUCCGUGGCCGAGGGCGUUCGGAAUCUCCCAGACAGUGGUAGCAGUCGUCCCAGAAGCAGGCGCCCGCCGGCUUUGGACAUUUGAAGCAAAGGAGCGGAGCGGAGCGACUGGCUGCGGCGGCAGGGCAGGGUACAAGGAAGGAAAACAUGGCGGCGGCGCCUUGACGAGGCUGCGGCGGCGCGGGAAGCUGCUUGGCGGGGAUCAUGGCGGAGGCGGGAGCAAGACAGUGACGGGGCCCCGCGUUCCUAUCGCGGCGGGGCAGGAGGGUGCGCGGCGCUGCACGCCCCCUUCGGGGCCGCCGGGCGGCCGGGCCCGGACAAUAGCGCAGCGGAGCCGGAGCAAGCGAAGGCAGCAGCGCGGAGCGCGGCCCGGGAGGAGCCAUGCGGGCGGCGGCGUGGCCCCGCGGCGGCCAGUGGCGGCAGUGAGGUCGCUGGGCCCUCCGCUUGUGGGCGCCUGCCUCACUCGGACCCCGUUUCUGGGCGACUCCAGCGGGGCCUCCGCCCCGGCCUCCGGGCGGCACGAUGACCGACACCCGGCGGCGGGUAAAGGUGUACACGCUCAACGAGGACCGGCAGUGGGACGAUCGGGGCACGGGGCAUGUGUCGUCCGGCUACGUGGAGCGCCUGAAGGGCAUGUCCCUGCUUGUCAGGGCCGAGAGCGACGGUUCUCUACUUUUAGAGUCUAAAAUCAAUCCUAAUACUGCAUACCAGAAGCAACAGGAUACUCUGAUUGUGUGGUCUGAAGCAGAAAAUUAUGACUUGGCCCUUAGCUUUCAAGAAAAAGCUGGAUGUGAUGAAAUUUGGGAGAAAAUAUGUCAGGUUCAAGGAAAGGACCCUUCAGUGGACAUCACUCAGGACCUUGUGGAUGAAUCUGAAGAGGAAAGAUUCGAUGAUAUGUCAUCACCAGGUUUAGAAUUGCCAUCUUGUGAAUUAAGCCGCCUCGAGGAAAUUGCUGAACUUGUGGCAUCAUCUUUACCUUCCCCCCUCCGUCGCGAGAAACUUGCACUAGCACUGGAAAAUGAGGGUUAUAUUAAAAAGCUCUUAGAGCUUUUUCAUGUGUGUGAAGACUUGGAAAAUAUUGAAGGACUGCACCACUUGUAUGAAAUUAUCAAAGGCAUCUUCCUCUUGAAUCGAACUGCUCUUUUUGAGGUUAUGUUCUCUGAGGAAUGCAUAAUGGACGUCAUAGGAUGUUUAGAGUAUGAUCCUGCUUUAUCACAACCACGAAAACACAGGGAAUUUCUAACCAAAACAGCCAAGUUCAAAGAAGUGAUUCCCAUAUCCGAUCCUGAGCUGAAACAAAAAAUUCAUCAGACAUACAGAGUUCAGUAUAUACAAGAUAUGGUUCUCCCUACCCCUUCAGUCUUUGAAGAAAAUAUGUUAUCAACACUUCACUCUUUUAUCUUUUUUAAUAAGGUAGAAAUUGUUGGUAUGUUACAGGAAGAUGAAAAAUUUCUGACAGAUUUGUUUGCACAACUAACAGAUGAAGCAACAGAUGAGGAAAAGCGACAGGAAUUGGUUAACUUUCUGAAAGAAUUUUGUGCAUUUUCCCAAACGCUGCAACCUCAAAACAGAGAUGCUUUUUUCAAGACUUUGUCAAAUAUGGGCAUAUUACCAGCUUUAGAAGUCAUCCUCGGCAUGGAUGAUACACAAGUGCGAAGUGCUGCUACUGAUAUAUUCUCAUACUUGGUUGAAUAUAAUCCAUCCAUGGUACGAGAGUUUGUCAUGCAGGAGGCACAACAGAAUGAUGAUGUAAGUAAGAAGUUAACAGAGCAAAAAAUAACCAGCAAGGAUAUUUUACUCAUCAACCUCAUUAUAGAACACAUGAUUUGUGAUACAGAUCCUGAACUUGGAGGGGCAGUCCAACUUAUGGGCCUGCUUCGAACGUUAGUUGACCCAGAGAACAUGCUAGCCACUGCCAAUAAAACAGAAAAGACUGAAUUUUUGGGUUUCUUCUACAAGCACUGUAUGCAUGUUCUUACUGCUCCUUUACUAGCCAAUACAACAGAAGACAAACCUAGUAAAGAUGACUUUCAGACUGCACAGUUACUGGCCCUUGUGUUGGAAUUGUUAACAUUUUGUGUGGAGCACCACACCUACCACAUAAAGAACUACAUCAUCAACAAGGAUAUCCUCCGGAGAGUGCUGGUUCUUAUGGCUUCAAAGCAUGCUUUCUUGGCGUUGUGUGCCCUUCGUUUUAAGAGAAAAAUUAUUGGAUUAAAAGAUGAGUUUUAUAACCGCUACAUAAUGAAAAGUUUUUUGUUUGAACCUGUAGUCAAAGCAUUUCUCAACAAUGGAUCCCGCUACAAUCUGAUGAACUCAGCCAUAAUAGAAAUGUUCGAAUUUAUUAGAGUGGAAGAUAUUAAAUCAUUAACUGCUCAUGUAAUUGAAAAUUAUUGGAAAGCACUGGAAGACGUAGAUUAUGUACAGACAUUUAAGGGAUUAAAACUACGAUUCGAACAACAAAGAGAAAGGCAAGACAACCCCAAACUCGACAGCAUGCGUUCCAUUUUAAGGAAUCAUAGAUACCGACGAGAUGCCAGAACACUAGAAGAUGAAGAAGAGAUGUGGUUUAACACAGAUGAGGAUGACAUGGAAGAUGGGGAACCUGUAGUAUCUCCAUCUGACAAAACUAAAAAUGAUGAUGAUAUUAUGGAUCCAAUAAGUAAAUUCAUGGAGAGGAAGAAAUUGAAAGAAAGUGAAGAAAAGGAGGUGCUUUUGAAAACAAAUCUUUCUGGACGGCAGAGCCCAAGCUUCAAGCUUUCCCUGUCCAGUGGAACAAAGACUAACCUCACCAGCCAGUCACCUGCAGCAAACCUGCCUGGUUCUCCGGGCUCCCCUGGGUCCCCAGGGUCUCCGGGCUCUCCUGGAUCCGUCCCUAAGAGCACAUCUCAGACGGCAGCUAUCACCACAAAGGGCGGCCUUGUGGGCCUGGUAGAUUACCCUGAUGAUGAUGAGGAUGAUGAUGAGGAUGAGGACAAGGAAGAGGCGCCGCCAGUGUCAAAGAAAGCAAAAUUCGAGUCGUCAUAAUGGCACCUGCCUGUGGUUAGCACCUGGUGACAAAACUGGUUCUCUACCCCUCCCCCAUACAAAAUCCACAGCAGAGCGCAGUGGUCUCUCGUGAAGGACUGACACGCUCAGCUUCGCACGCUCGGCUUCUGCUCAUCAAGUGCCAAUUCAGUGGAGCAGGAGGAGGGGACACCGCGUGUUUAGGGGAAGGACUUCCGCCUUGAGCUCUCCAGCCUGGACCACACAUUGCCCUUUUCUCAGGGAAGGAAACGGAAACAAAAAGCCAACAGGGCAGGGAUUUUGUAAGUGGAACUCUGGAUGGACUGGUCAGUUGCUACAAUCAAAACAUGCUUUCUUGGACCAUGUUUGAGACAGGAGAAUGGGCCUUUCUGCCCCAGUUCUUCACUAGUUAAGAAUGCCAGCAGUUUCUUUGUAUAAAAGAGACCUGCCUUUAAAAUCAUACAUUCUGAACAUUUUAGUCAAGUGACAGCAGAUUUGGAAAACCUCUGUGGGGGAGGGGCAAGUAUGAAGUUCCCUCUUUUUUUAUCUGUUCCCUUUGCCCUUCAGACUGCAGAUUUUUUUUAAGUGGGGACUUGUCCUACUUGAUUAAAGAUUGAGUGGAAUUCUAGAUGUGGUCAUUUGUGUCAUAAUUUUUUUGUUUGUUUGACUUUGUUUUUGAUUUUUUUUUCCUCCCCUGAGUGUAUGCUUAGUUGUUGAAUAUAUAUAUAUAUUUGGGACCAUUAAAACAGUUUUGAUGUAAUAUAACCUAACGUUGUGCUGGUACCUGUUUUACCAUGUGUAAUUUUUGUUCUACAUCACAGUUCUUAAUUUGUUUAGAGUUUUAUGAAAGAUGGUAUAGUUUUUAUUGACAAGAGCAAAGUAAUCUUACAACUAUGUGCAUACAAAAGCAAUACUAUUUUGUGACUAAAUAUUUUAUAUUAAAAUUUACAUCAGCAACUGUCUUGAGAUUUCAGGGAAAUAGAGUAGAAUUUAAAACUUCGACAGUUUUGUUAAACCUAGAAACAUGAAAUAAGUAUUCCAAAGAGAUUCUGAAAUUUCAUAUCUUGGAAAUGACAGUACAUUAAAUCAAAAUUGAGGAUGGAUGAUUUAAAAAUAACAUUUGACUUUUGAAUAAUAAAAGAAAAGUAAAGAGUAAGAGAAA